CAUGUUGUUGACAGCACAGUCGCUCUCAGGUACCUGGUCGCCCUGCAUUGUCCCCCUGGCGCGCUCCAGGAGAAGAGCAUGUUUGCAGAUCGACAGCGGCUGCAGUUGCGAGCUGUACUGAGCAUCUGUGCCUUUAAAGACUUGUAAGUGCGCGUCUACCAGAGAGCCCGCUGCCAACUUGCCACAACUCCGACACGCUCGGCGAGUCGAGCAGAGCUACCUUAACCAGAAAGGCACUGGCUCACCCUUCACACCUAGACCCAUGGAAUAAUAACAAUGGAAUACCACUGGAUACUGCUCUCUGUCUUUAUGUACUUAAUCUUCCGUCCAGGCAACACCAAGCCUACAAUUACCCCCAUUGACCAGGAUCACCUAGUCAUUGAUCUCAACCAGCGAUUUGAACUGCUCUGUCGGGGUGAGAGGGAGAUUCAGUGGAUGCGAGAGGAUCGGCCAAAUGUAAAGCUGCGGGAGGAGAAAAAGACGAAUGGCAUGUCCACGCUGCAGAUCACUAAAGCUCAUCCUGGACACAUGGGUCGCUACAUCUGCCUGGAGAAGAGCUCUGGGGAGCAAGCCUCCAUCUAUGUCUACAUCAGAGAUCUUGACAAUCCCUUCAGAAAAUCAAAGGUGUUCAACAUUCUGACUCGUGUGGGAGACAGUGCUACCAUCCCCUGCCUAGCAACUGAUCCAAGUUUGGACAACCUGCAUUUGGAAACAUGCUCCGGUGGAGCUCUAGCCUCUGGUCUCCAGUAUAUUACGAGCCUGGAACAAGGCAUCGUCAUCCACAACACGCAAAAGGCCUAUGAAGGUUGUUAUGUAUGCACAGGAAAGCUCAGGGAAAAGCACAUCAAGUCACAUGACUACUACCUAACAGUGAGACCAGUCCCGCUUGAUCCUCCGGUGAUUGAGAUGCAGGCUCCCAAAAGAAUGAUUCUUACCCAGGAUGAGAGUCUGACCCUAACCUGCAACACCACCAAUGUCAAUGGAGAGAUCAAGUUGCAGUGGGUGACCCCGCCUGGUUCGGGUGCCGUCUGGUAUCCACAGCAACCAGCAAAGGUUGACGGUGCUUCACGUAUCCAGACGGAGCACUUCACCCAUGUGCGCAGCUCCACCUUGCACAUAGCAGCGGUCAGACCACGGGAUGCUGGGAGGUACCGGUGCGAAGCUGAGAACGAAAAAGGCAUCAGCACACAGUCAGUGUGGCUUGACGUUUAUGAAAAAGGAUUCAUCACCUUAACACCCACAAACAACAGAACCAUCCGUGUCCGCUCCGGCGAGAGUUUGUCUUUAAAAGUUGAAAUGGAGGCUCAUCCAAGACCGCACACCUUUUCCUGGAGCUUCAUGGGCCUUGAGCUGUGGAACACAACUGACCAUGUCAUCACCACACACAGCCAUGAAUAUAGGUACAUCAGCGAGCUGAGGCUGGUGCGACUGAAAAUGUCAGAAGGGGGGGUUUACACCUUUAGAGCCUCCAACAGUGACACAUCAGUAAAUCAGACAUUUACCCUCUUUGUGAUGAGUAAACCUGAGAUUGUAUCUCAUGAGGGUCCAGUGGAUGGACAGGUGCGUUGUGUGGCAGAGGGGUUUCCUGCGCCACAGAUCACCUGGUACUACUGUGAGCAGCCAUAUAUCAGGUGCUCACAACAAAGAAAUGCCACACAGGAGCGGCAAAAUGUCAUCACUGUGACUUUGUCCAGCCCCAUAUUUGGGAAGUCAGAGGUGGAGAGUCGGGUGAACAUCAGCAAAGGAAGGUUCAAUACUCUGGAAUGUGUUGCAACGGUGGACGGAGAGCAGGCCUACACACUCUUCUCUAUCAGUGAGAGAACUGUUCCCCAUGAUCUGUUCACUCCACUGCUGAUUGGCUCCAUAUCAGCAGCGAGCACCCUCUGCCUCAUCCUUGUCAUUCUGUUCUACAAGUACAUGCAGAAACCAAAAUUCCAGAUCCAGUGGAAGGUUAUUGAAGGCAUCCAUGGAAACAACUAUGUGUAUAUUGACCCCACCCAACUGCCGUAUGAUCAUCAGUGGGAGUUUCCUCGAAACAACUUGCGUUUUGGGAAGACGCUGGGAUCUGGUGCAUUUGGAAAAGUGGUGGAAGCCACUGCGUAUGGACUCUCCAAAACAGACUCAGUCAUGACAGUGGCUGUGAAAAUGCUCAAAUCAAGCGCUCAUGCCACAGAGAAAGAGGCACUGAUGUCCGAGCUGAAAGUCCUCAGUUACUUGGGACACCACAUGAAUAUUGUCAACCUGCUGGGAGCCUGUACUGUCGCAGGCCCUACACUUGUGAUAACAGAGUACUGCUGCUUUGGAGACCUUCUUAACUUUCUACGGAGAAAAAGAGAAUCCUUCUUUUGCUUUAAGCUGGAGGAGGACUGCUACUACCGCAACAUUGCACCGCAGAAAGACACAGCUGGAGACAGCUUGAACGGCUACAUGACCAUGAGGCCUUCUGCUGCUGGCAGCCAUCCUUUCAGUUCUUCCCUCGAGAAGAGAUGCUCACUACACAAAGGUGGCUCUUAUGUGGAAGCAGGUGAAGAGAGUGAGAUGUUUGACGAGGAUGGUCUGUCUCUCGUCACCGAAGAUCUUCUGAGCUUCUCCUACCAAGUGGCCAAAGGCAUGGAGUUCUUAGCCUCCAAAAAUUGUAUCCACAGAGACCUGGCAGCCAGAAAUAUCCUCCUUACUCAAGGCAGAGUGGCAAAGAUCUGUGACUUUGGCUUGGCCCGGGACAUCACCACAGACGCCGACUAUGUCGUCAAAGGAAACGCACGUCUGCCAGUGAAAUGGAUGUCCCCAGAAAGUAUCUUUGAGUGUGUAUACACAUUUGAAAGUGACGUGUGGUCCUAUGGCAUCUUGCUUUGGGAAAUCUUCUCACUAGGAAAUAGUCCGUAUCCUGGUAUGCCUGUGGAUGCAAAGUUCUACAAACUGAUAAAAGAGGGAUACAGAAUGGAUGCACCGGAAUUUGCACCCAGUGAAAUGUAUCAGAUUAUGAGGGACUGCUGGGAUGCUGACCCCUUCAACAGACCCCCCUUCAGGAAGGUGGUGGAGAGGAUUGAACAACAGCUGUCUGAUGCCACUAAGCAUAUUUAUCUGAAUUUCAGCCUCAGACAUCCUGUGACGCCGAGAGCCACAGAGGAGCCGAGUCCUCAGAGUGCAGCAUUUCCUCAUCUCAACUCAGCUGGCACAAACAGUGCUGUGACCCAGCCUUUACUGGUCCAGCAUGAGGUCUUCCUGGAGGGGACAUCCCUCACAGCCCAGCGGGUAUAAUGACCCACCUGACCUGUCAGGCUGCCUCAUAAAGUGCCUGAAAUGAUCCAACCACUACACCCACCCACCCACUGCCCCGGCACCAGCAGCAACUGUCACAUGCUGCAGACAGAAUAGCAAUUGCCAUCUAUAAAAAGGAAGCACAAAAAUGAACCAAUAUGGCUUUGAUCACUGCUGUCGCAAUGAAUGCCUACACAUUACCGAAAGGGCAGUUGGAUGAAUGCUCCCCUUCUCACAGCAAAGAACUGUCAUGGUACAAGGGAGGAACAUGAGCUGUUACUUACUUGUCAUUCAUUUCAUUAUAACACUGUUCUCCGUUAUUUGUCUGUUAUUUUUGUUGGGGUUUUUUUCAGUUACAUUUUUCCUACACAUUUCAUAAAGUUUGCUUUGUGUUUUUAAAGCACUCGAUAUCAUUUUUUUUUUUGUUGUUUUUACACUCUUUGUUUGUUGUUCUUUGUUGGUUGUCUGUCAUGAACAUUUAUGUCGCAUCGUUUUCGAUUGGCCGUCACAAAUAGUUAGAGGAAAUAAAAGCACUUGAGGCACAUGAAUUUCACGUCAUUCCAUUUAGGUUAUGUGAUGCAGCUUUUUGUUUCUGUUUUCUUUUAGCUCCUCUCGUCAUCAUCAUCAGUAUUAUUUCCGACUGUUCAGGUCUAUGUUUAUAAGAAGGAGAUCAUUUUUUGGGGGCCAAUUUAAAUUGCAAUAUUGAGACACUGGUUUAUAAGCUAUUAGAGAGCAUGGCCGGUCAUGCUUAGAGUCCAUAAGUGCUUCAAGUGUUUUGAGAGAUACAUUUUGGAUGUUACUACCAAAAGAGCAUAAAAAGUGUCUUUACAGGAUCUGAUUAACACUUCAUGGAUCAGCCCAUGAUUACUAUACACACGCUGUUUUCACAGAUAUGGUAAAAAACAUGGUACGCUAGCUUCUCGUCUAUGUGCUUGUUGACUGUAUAUGUAGAUAUCUGAAGGUUAAUAGUAAUUGUUAUAAUAUGAUGACAUGGAAAGAGUUUGAAAAUGGAGCCCACGACUCUUCACAUUAUGUCUCAGAUUUGUUGCAAUAUCAGGUGACUGCGAGGAGCCUGUAGAGUUCUCUUGUAAAGGUGUAAAUAACUGCAAAGGUUUAUAUGGUUCCUUCCCUGUCACAUGCAGUGUAUGAUCUUUGUUUACAAGCACGAGACAGGUACUGCCAUUUCGGAGAUGUGUUGUCUUUGCUUUUCUUUUUUGUUCUUUUUUUUUCCUUCACGAAGGAUAACGAAAUGGGAGCUUCUGUGUUGGCUGACAGGCUGUUGUUUGAUGUGCUUCCGCCCGUGCUACUGCUGCAGUACUUUGUUGUAUUGUGUAUGUCAUGGUUAAAGUCGGGUGAAAAGCCAGGGGAAAAUCUGAGGUUCUUCAAGUCACUCUUGAGAAGUUGACACUGGUGACGGAGCUCAGUGUUGGCGAUCUCAUUGUUCUCCAGCCUGUAGCUGGUUUCCCAGCAGUCCUCCUCUGCAUUGUAUCCAGCUGUUUCCUCCAACAGAAGUGGGACUUUCAGUACCUCUCAGCGAGGAGUCUGUAUUGGUCCAGACUAUUAUGAGUUCCCUUUUCCCACUGGUAGAUGUUUUUGUGAAGAGCACCAGGAAAGUGUCCUGUUUGUGUGUAUGAGUGUGCAUUUGUGUGAGUGUGAGGACGCACACACCAGUCGUCUUUGUGUGUAUAUCUGUAUGAUUGUCAAAUUCAAAUAUUUACUGUUAAGACGUGCCACUACGAAUUAUUCAUCAAGUCGUUUAGGCUAUUAAAACCCCACAGUCUUACCGAAUUGUCUUUUUGUAAAUAUCAAUUUUCACACAUUGUAAAUUUCUGUUGAUGCUUUUGAAGAUGUUUAUCUAAAUGAAGAUGUGGUACACUGCUGCAGAAAUGUAUUGUGAUGUUUUUAUUCGUAUCUGUUCACAGAUUUCCAACUUCCAAAUUGUGUUUGUUUCUCUGUCACCAUGGAAACUUAAACAGAAUGUCAUUUUGACUGUUUCAUCAUUUAAAAGGAAACUGCCUCACAAAAAUUAUCAGCAUUCAUCAUCAAUAUUCAUCAAUGUGGAAGGAGCCGUCUCAGAAUGACUGAUUAUUUACAUCUCUUUGCUCCGUCGCACCAGAAAUAUUUCCUCCAUUUUGCUACAUAUUUAUUAAAGGCUUUAGUGUUAUGGCAAAAAAUGUAAUGUAUUGCUGUUACAUGUGUCAAUGUAAAUAAAAUUGCUUAUAUUGAAUUUCA